GCAGCUUUUACGCAGAGGGUUGUCUCACCUGCUGAAACGCACUUCACCCAUUCAGCACAACGGAGCCGUCUUUCGCUCUCACCUCCAAUUAAUAUCCACGCCUGCGAGGUCAGCGCUUCGUCCUGUCGCCUCUUUUUGGGUUUGUUUUGUCUGUGGCUCUAUUUUGAUGCGACGAGCUUGGGUAUCCUACCAUGCCCCCUGUGUAUGGAUCGUCUCUGCCAGAGUAGGCGAACAAAGCGCAUCAAGCCUCUCCAGAGAACUGCCUCCUCUCAAAGAAAUCACGGAUUGUUUGUCUGUAAGUACUCGGGAUAACCAUUUGGCGUCUUGGGUUGUUUUUUUUCUUCUUGUUAGGCUGCUUUGUAUGUAGUUCGCUGGGAAAAGAACACGCUGUUAAAGAUGGAUACGCUUUUUCUUAGCCCGAUGGAUAGGCAUUUAAUUUAGGGAACACCCGAUCCCAAUGCUGGACAAAAAUUGUCCAAUGGCAAGAUUCUGGAUAGCGCUGGACACGUUAUUGGUUUCCUGGGAGUAGAACAGGCCCGUGUCGAUGCUUGAAACCCCCCCAAAAAACAGCCCGAUACCGCAGCACAAACAUUUCCCAAGGCGCGAAUUACCAUAUGACAAAAAUACAUCCGAGCACUGAUAACUGACAAACCCAUCACAGAUUUAAAAAAAAACUAUGGAGCACACCGGGAUUGAGGAGGUGAACCAGACGCACCAGCAGCAGCAUGAACCCAUCAGCUUCGGCAUCGACCAGAUCCUCAACAGCUCGGACCAGUCCAGCGGCUGCAUGCUGCCCAACCGGACCGGCGACCCGGAUUACGCGCUGGCCCCCAACGUCUACAGCAACGGGUACAACAGCGUCUACAACCCGGCCUGUUCCAUGGCGGCGGGUCUGGCCGGCUCCUACAACGUCAACAUGAACAUGAACGUCAGUAUGAACAUGAACAUGAACGUUAACGUGAACUCGGGCGGCGCCGGAGGGGUGAUCCGGGUGCCGGCGCACAGACCCAUGCCGCCUCCUCCGCCGCCCGCCGCUGCUGCGCCGCAUCCGCCCCCUUCGACACAUCCGCCGGGCAUCGGACCCGGCAUCGCCUCGGUGCCCGGGAUGGGGAUGGGGAAUGCGGCAAACUUCACCUUCCCGUGGAUGGAGAGCAGUAGGAGGUUUGCCAAGGACAGAUUAACAGCCGCCCUAUCACCCUUUUCCGUGACUCGUCGUAUCGGCCACCCAUACCAGAACCGGACGCCGCCCAAGAGGAAAAAGCCCCGCACCUCCUUCAGCCGGGUGCAGAUCUGCGAGCUUGAGAAACGUUUUCACCGGCAGAAGUACCUGGCGUCGGCUGAGCGCGCCACCUUGGCCAAGGCCUUGAAGAUGACAGACGCACAAGUCAAGACCUGGUUCCAGAACAGACGGACGAAAUGGCGGAGACAGACUGCGGAGGAGAGAGAGGCUGAGAGGCAGCAGGCCAACCGGCUGAUGCUGCAGCUUCAGCAGGAAGCUUUCCAGAAGACGUUGAGCCAGCCUCUGCAGCCGGACCCGCUCUGCCUGCACAACUCCUCCCUCUACGCCCUGCAGAACCUGCAGCCCUGGGCAGACGACAAUAAGCUGACGGUCUAAAAGAGAGGAGGGCACUUUACCCAUAAGUGCCAGGACACAAAUGGACACCUCUGUACAUGCCCAACUAUCAAGACAGUCCCCCCUCUUUUGCCUCUGGAUCCCUCACGAGGCGGCAGAGACUCUCUGCCAAUAACGGCAAAAAAAAAAGACCUCCUGUUUUUCGCUUUUGACUUUGUACAAUGUAGUAAAUGCAUGUUUCAACCCUUUUCUGUGUGCACUCGGAAGUACCAUUGAAGCCGGCUGCCGUGGAGGUGGACUGCAGUAUUCAAGUGGUAGUGGAUUGGUGGAACUCCUGAUGACGAAUUCCUCAUUAUGUUGAAUUUAAAAGGUGUUUUAUAUUAAAUGAUAUUGUGACUUUUUGAAAAA